UGCAAUAACAUUUAAUAGUAAAAUUUUAAAGAAAAAUAAAAGAAUGUUUUCUUUAGUCUUCCAGAUUGCUACAUUUCAAUCACCAGAUCUGAUUUCUGUGUGAUUUCGUCUAGCUGCCGAUCUUUGAUCAGACAAGCAGGAGGCGAGAACAGAAAACAAAGCGCCUUGUGAGGAGUCGGUGGGCGGUGGUCACUCGCCCUAUUAACAGACACACUAGGCCAUUGAUCGAUACAACUCGAUACAACCCUUGCUGGUUCCGCUGGUGGCCCUUCCGCCGCGAUCAGAGAGAAGUAGGAGGAGGUCCUACGCUCUUACUCUACCUUCCCCAUGCUGCGGCAUUCAGUCACCUAAUCCGCGAAUCGCAAUUAUGGAAAGGCGAAUCGCCCAAACUCGGAAGGCCUGCAGGUCUCUCUCACAAUGCGUUUGGUGCUGAGUUAGAGAAGGCCAUUUUUGUAUCCCACGAAACAGCGGCUGGAGAUGAAGAAGAAUUCCACUGCCUCCUCUUCCGUCAGAUCCGGCACCUUUCCUAGCCCCGGAACGCCCACCUACCGAGACGGCGCUGGCGCUGCUGGAUACCGGAAAGGGUGGAGCUCGGAGAGGGUGCCGUUGCCGGGGAGCGGCAACCGGAGGUACGCGGGGAGCGGCGUUCUGUUGCCGUUCGCCAAUGGGAGGACUUUGCCCUCCAAAUGGGAGGACGCCGAGAGGUGGAUCCUCAGCCCCGUCUCCGGCGACCCGUACGGGAGUUCGCUCAUGCCGCCGUUGCAUCACCGGCGACCCAAGUCGAAGAGUGGCCCUCUCGUAGCACACGCUGGGAAAUCCGGCGCCUAUUCGUCGACUUCCCCGCUGGUUCCUUGCUUCGACAGUGGCAGAGUUGGAAAUUUCACAGCGGCCUCGCCGUUCAUGGCAGGAGUUUUGAUGCCGGAACACAGCUUUUUGGGCAAUGACGGCAGCGCGAGAGGAGGAGCGAGUUCGAACAUGGGAGGAAUAGGAAGAGCCGAUGGCAGCGUCAGCGGCGGCAGCAGUGUGGGUGGCAAAGCUCGCUCUGCCGAUGGAGAACCAUACACGGUCAGAUCUGCUAGCACUCGCAGGUGUUCUGAUUCAGUGAUGGAGUCUUCUUCCUCCCUUCCCCGCUCUCAUGAUUCAAAUACAGAUGAGCAAUUUGAAGGUACAAAAGAAGUAGCCUCCACAGCAUCAAUCUCAGUUUUUAGGAAGGAUGUAGCAACACAGAUGAGUCCAGAGAGAAGCCCCCCAUACUCGCCCAAAGAGAUUCAAUUUUCCCCUUCUGCCUCAACUCCUGCCCUUGAAGAAUUAGAGAACCAUUUCUCAAAAUUUGAGGUUCGGGAUGUGCAAGUCGAUGAUCGGGUCACUGUAACUAGAUGGUCCAAGAAACAAAUAUCUCGGGGAUCUGACAGGCGUUCGUCGAGCUUUAUAGAAUGGAAGAAAAAGACUGUGGAGGCAAAUACUUCGGCUUGGGGAAUUGCUGAGACAGCAAAGUCCAUGUCAAAGUGUAAAAGAGAAGAAGCCAAGAUCACAGCAUGGGAGAACUUACAGAACGCAAAGGCCGAGACAGAGAUUAGGAAAUUAGAGAUGAAACUGGAAAAGAAAAGAUCUUCCUCUAUGGAGAAAAUUCUGAACAAACUUAGAUCAGCUCAGAAGAAAGCUGAGGAAAUGCGAAAUGCAGUGGCUGAUAGACGAACCAACCAGGUAGCAGCGACUGCCAAAAAGACUAAGUUCUUCUGCAAGACUGGUCGUUUAAGCUCCCUGACUGGCUGCUUUGCUUGCCACACUAGCCCUCUGUAAUGUGAACCUCGCUAAAAUGAAGCCGUUGCCAGAGAGAUGCACUCUGUUAGAGAAGAAAUCUGAGUGCCUUUCAGAUCACCGUGGGGAGACUUCACACUGCCUUGGCCGUGACAGGUGUAGGGGAUAGUACUCAUGGCGACAGGUCAUGAAUUUUGUCAUGGUGUGACAUGAUAAGUCUUCCAGCUCUGGAAAUUAAAUGCGGAGGAUAAAUACAUCUGUAUGCCCUAAGAGAUGUAGUGGUCCUAUAAACUUACCAAAACAUGAAUCGUUUAGAGAUCAGGACAAAUUCGGGGGAUAACUUGUUCUUUACUUCACUGCAUGGAUCUUGGUUUAAUGAUAAACUUCUUUAUGCUGUGUAAAAACCUCUUCUACAAAGUAGGAAGCUUCAUCAACCCUCAUGUGGUUGAAAAA